GAUGUUCGAUGUUUUUGCCAGUUUUUCCAUCACUGAGAAAAAAACGCAGUAAAAGCUAGAGCGUUAUUUUUGGAGUUAUUGGUGUUGGCAGGCAGUGGUUAUAAUGCAUAAAUAUCUUAGAGCUUCAAAUGGGCAAGGUUGUAGUGCGGCAACCAUUGAAGAAAAAGAGCAAGAGGAAGAGCCGCAAGCCAAAAAGGCGCGAUAUGGUCAGUCCAAUGUGUGGAAUUUUUUUAAUAAGUCCUCGGAUGGCAAGACUGCCAAAUGUUUAAAAUGUGGUAAAAUUUAUCAAACCAGCGGAAACACCACCAACAUGGCGGGACAUUUAAAGCGGGUACACCCAACGUUAACGGUGAGUGAGUUGCGAAAGGCUUCAGGACAUAUGGCGGCUUAUUUGGAUAAAAAAUAUGAAGCCUCAUCGAAACGGAAGAGAGAUUUGGACAGCGCAUUGUUAAAUUUCAUUUGCUCCGAUUUACGUCCAUUUUACAUUGUAGAAAACGAGGGAUUUAAGCAAUUUGUAAAUGCUUUGGAUCCCCGAUACGAAUUGCCUUCACGAUCAACAUUGCUUUCAACAUGUUAUAAUAAUUUAUUCAUGAACAUGAGAAUGAAACAGAAAAGCAUUUUGCAAGAAGUGGAAUAUUGCGCUGUGACAACCGACUGUUGGACAUCUCGAGCCAACGAGGCUUAUUUGACCGUAACUUGCCAUUUUAUAGAUCCAGAAUUUAAACUUCGCACAGCAGUACUUUCGACUAGUAAGUUACAGAAUGAGAAAAAUCAUUCUGCAGAAAACAUUGCGAACUCUCUAUGUGCAGUGCUAAUUGAAUGGGAAGUUAUGGACAAAGUUGCAGCCAUUGUUACCGAUAGCGCAAGAACAAUGAUAAAAGCAUGUGAGAUAUUGCAAAAAAGACAUGUGCCAUGCUUUGCGCAUGUUAUUAAUUUAAUAGUUCAACAAUGCCUGAAUCAAGAGAAAAUAAAAGUUAUUAUGGGGAAAUGCAAAAGUAUUGUGGGAUUUUUUAAGAAACGCACAGUAGCUUACGCCAAGUUUAAAGAAGCUCAAAAUACAGAGAAGCCAUACAGUUUAAAGCAAGAAUGUCCUACAAGAUGGAAUAGCGCAUUUCAUAUGAUUGAAAGAAUUCUUAAAACAAAUGAUGCUAUAAGCAGUGUUCUUCUUUCAACCCCAAAGGGACUUGCCCCGUUUUCGGCUGACGAAAUUUGA